CAAAAUGGAGGCCAAGGAGGUUGAGUGACGUGCCCAACGUCAUGUUCCCACGUAGCCAACCAAGAACUAAAGGCAUGGCCAGGAGACUCCUCGUUCCGCUCUGUUUUAUCAAGGAUUAUGUAUGGUGUUUGUAUUAUGGUGUUUGCAUUCUUAAUGUAAACCAUUGGGACUUCUUGUGAACCCACCAUUCCUCAAUUCUGUUGUGUUGGUGUUUGUUUUUCUGCAGAGCAGUUCAGAGCCCCAGUUGCAGAAGACUUGUUCUGUUACCACCAUGAGCUCUGAAUGUGAUGUUGGUGUUUCUAAAGCCGUGGUGAACGGGUUGGCGCCAGGCAGCAAUGGGCAGGACAAAGACAUGGAUCCAACGAAAAUCUGCACUGGGAAGGGAGCGGUGACUCUCCGGGCCUCGUCUUCCUACAGGGAAGUCCCAAGCAGCAGCCCCACGAGCCCUCAGGAAACCCCACAACAUGAAAGCAAACCAGAUGAGUGGAGGCUCUCUUCCAAUGCUGAUGCCAAUGGAAACGCCCAGCCCUCCUCACUUGCUGCCAAGGGCUACAGAAGUGUGCAUCCCAACCUUUCUUCCGACAAGCCCCAGGAUUCAGGCCCUCUACUGAAUGAAGUUUCUUCAUCCCAUGCUGGAACGGAUUCCCAAAUCUCUGCACCAGUUAGCAAACCAUCAUCUGCCUACCCCUCUACGACAAUUGUCAAUCCUACUAUUGUGCUCUUGCAACACAAUCGAGAACAGCAGAAACGACUCAGUAGCCUUUCAGAUCCUGUCUCAGAAAGAAGAGUGGGAGAGCAGGACUUGGCACCAGCCCAGGAAAAACCCAGCUCACCUGGAAGGGCUCCUGAAAAAAAGGCAAAGGAUGACAGUAGACGGGUGGCCAAGAGCGCUCAGGACCUAAGCGAUGUUUCCAUGGAUGAAGUGGGCAUCCCACUCCGGAACACCGAGCGAUCAAAAGACUGGUACAAGACCAUGUUUAAACAGAUCCACAAGCUAAACAGAGAUGAUGAUUCAGAUCUGUACUCGCCUCGGUACUCCUUUUCUGAAGACACAAAAUCUCCCCUUUCUGUGCCUCGCUCAAAAAGUGAGAUGAGCUACAUUGACGGUGAGAAGGUGGUUAAGCGGUCGGCCACACUCCCCCUCCCAACCCGCUCUUCCUCACUCAAAUCAAGCCCAGAAAGAAACGACUGGGAGCCCCCAGAUAAGAAAGUGGAUACAAGGAAAUACCGUGCAGAGCCCAAAAGCAUUUACGAUUAUCAGCCGGGCAAGUCAUCCGUUCUGACCAACGAAAAGAUGAGUCGGGAUAUAAGCCCAGAAGAGAUAGAUUUAAAGAAUGAACCUUGGUAUAAAUUCUUUUCGGAAUUGGAGUUUGGGAAACCGCCUCCCAAAAAGAUAUGGGAUUAUACUCCUGGAGACUGCUCUAUCCUUCCUAGAGAGGAUAGAAAGACUAAUCUAGAAACAGAUCUCAACCUCUGCCCAGCAGAGUUAGAGGCAGAUUUAGAAAACACGGAGACGCUUAAUAAAGCACCCGGGGCAAACUUGUCACAGAGCUCGACGGUCAGCCCCACUCCAGAAAUUUCUUCAGAGCUUCCUGGAUAUAUAUAUUCUUCCAACUUCCAUGCAGUGAAGAGGGAAUCCGAUGGGGCUCCCGGGGAUCUUGCUAGUUUGGAGAAUGAGAGGCAGAUCUAUAAAAGCGUCCUGGAAGGUGGAGACAUCCCUCUCCAGGGUCUGAGUGGGCUCAAGCGACCCUCCAGCUCGGCCUCCACUAAAGUGGAUCGUAAAGGUGGGAAUGCUCACAUAAUUUCUUCAUCUUCAGUUCCUAGCCGAACGGUUAGCACUAGCAAUGCGUUAGGCCCCUUGUGUAAGCACAAGAAACCCCUGUCCGCUGCGAAAGCCUGCAUUUCGGAAAUCCUUCCCUCUAAAUUCAAACCCAGGCUCUCUGCUCCCAGCGCUCUUUUGCAGGAACAGAAGAGCGUCUUACUGCCAGCAGAAAAGGCUCAGAGCUGUGAGAACCUUUGUGUUUCACUGUCUUUGAAUGAUUCCAAAAGAGGUCUCCCCCUCCGAGUGGGCGGGAGCAUCGAGAACCUGCUCACGCGCUCCCGGCGGGACUGGGACAGCAAGUCGAGCAGCACCGUGAGCCUGCAGGAGUGUGGCACCAGCGCCAGGAGGCCCUGCCCUCUCUCCAGAAGGGCCGGGUUGCAGUUCACUAUGUUCUAUCGGGACAUGCACCAGAUCAACCGAGCUGGCCUCUUCCUGGGUUCCAUCUCCUCCUCAAGCGUGCGAGAUCUUGCCUCCCACUUUGAAAGGAGCAGCCUGACAUUGGCCAGGGGUGAGCUGGGCCCCAGCCAGGAGGGCUCAGAGCACAUCCCCAAGCACACCGUCUCCUCCCGCAUCACAGCUUUUGAGCAGCUGAUCCAGCGGUCCCGGUCCAUGCCGUCCCUGGACCUGUCCGGGAGGCUGAGCAAGUCCCCCACGCCUGUACUGUCCCGGAGGGGCCUGAUCUCGGCCCGCUCGGCUGAGUCCCUCCUGGAGUCAACCAAGCUCCGUCCCAGGGAGGUGGACGGGAUGAACCCCGGGGGGCUCUACGCCUCCCCGACGUGUGGCAAUAUGGCCGAGCCCACCUUGGGCUUCAGGGGCCUCGUGCCUUCUGAGCCCCUCUCUGCCUGCUCUGACGAGCUCGACCACUGUUCAAACGUCUCCAGCGACAGCAGAGAGGGCAGCAGCGGCAGUGUCCACGGAGACUUCCCCAAGCACCGCCUCACCAAGUGCAAGGGCACCUGCCCGGCCUCGUAUACCCGCUUCACCACCAUCCGGAAGCACGAGCAGCAGCAGACCUCCAGGCAGCCUGACUGGCGCCCAGAUCUCAGAGGGGACAGGAGCACACUCCUCAGGAACAUCUACCUAAUGAGCCCCCUCCCUUUCCGGUUGAAAAAGCCCCUCCAGUACCACCCCAGGCAGCCUCCCUCUGGUGACUUCUCAGCCCCUCUGGCAGGCCAGAAGCCAGACUUCCCCAGCCAGCCCCAUCAGGACGAGACCCCCUCUAGGGGGAAGCCCUCGGUUCCCAAACGCCUGUCUUCCCGACACACCAUGGCGAGGCUGAGCCGGAUCUUGGAGCCCCCUCAGGGAAGACCUGUGGUCCCAGAGGACUGCCUGAGGGCCUUUAAUAAUGGCAACUCCAUGCCGUCCUCAGACCACGGCCUGGACAGGAACAACAACCCACAAAGUGAACUGGGAACAUCCCUUGGAGAUUCAGAAUCACCAAGACAUUUUAUACCUGCUGAUUAUUUGGAAUCCACAGAAGAAUUUAUUCGAAGGCGUCAUGAUGAUAAAGAGAAACUUUUAGCGGACCAGAGACGACUUAAGCGUGAGCAAGAAGAGGCCGAUAUUGCAGCUCGUCGCCACACGGGCGUCAUUCCGACGCACCAUCAGUUUAUCACUAAUGAGCGCUUUGGGGACCUCCUCAAUAUAGACGAUACGGCAAAAAGGAAAUCUGGGUCAGAGAUGAGACCUGCCAGAGCCAAAUUUGACUUUAAAGCUCAGACCCUAAAGGAGCUUCCUCUGCAGAAGGGGGACAUUGUUUACAUCUAUAAGCAGAUUGAUCAGAACUGGUACGAAGGAGAGCAUCACGGCCGGGUGGGGAUCUUCCCGCGCACCUACAUCGAGCUUCUUCCUCCUGCUGAGAAGGCUCAGCCCAAGAAGUUGGCACCAGUGCAGGUUUUGGAAUACGGAGAAGCCAUUGCUAAGUUCAACUUUAAUGGUGAUACACAAGUAGAAAUGUCCUUCAGAAAGGGUGAGAGGAUUGCGCUGCUCCGACAGGUGGACGAGAACUGGUACGAAGGGAGGAUCCCAGGGACGUCCCGGCAAGGCAUCUUCCCCAUCACCUAUGUGGACGUGAUCAAGCGGCCACUGGUGAAAAACCCCGUGGAUUACAUCGACCUGCCUUUCUCCUCCUCCCCAAGUCGUAGUGCCACCGCGAGCCCGCAGUCCCCCGGUCACAGCCAACUCCUCAUGCCGGCCCCCUCAUCUCUGCCCCACCCCCACCGAGCCCUGUCCCCUGAGAUGCACGCCGUCACCUCUGAAUGGAUUUCGCUGACUGUAGGGGUCCCAGGCAGGCGGUCUCUGGCCCUGACCCCACCCUUGCCUCCUCUGCCGGAGACUUCUGUCUACAACACUGACCACCUCGCCUCGUGGGCAAGGCCCGGGCCCUCCCUGUCUCUCAGCCUGCCCCGUUCGAGCUGGGCAGAUCGUUCCACCCCACGCUCCCUGACGUCCCCACUGGCCCUGCCUCCCCCCCACAAAGCCUCCUCCCUGGUGCCCGGUGCCCCGGCCUCCCUGCACAUCAACGGGGACAGUGGUAUCCACGUGCCACCCUCAGGUGUCCGCCCGGAAAGCUUCUCACGGCCGCUGCCGGGGAGCUCUGAUAGGGUCAUCUGCGAGCUCAGCGACGCCUUUAGCAGCCAGGGUAAGCGGCAGCUGAGGCAAGAAGAGCGUGGACAGUGUGAGAGGAGAGCAGAGCGGGAGGCAGGUGACAGAUGCCCUGGAGCACCCAAGAUCUCUAAGAAGAGCUGCUUGCGACCUUCAGACGUGGUCAGGUGCCUGAGCGCGGAACAGAGACUCUCAGAUCUCCACGUCCCCGAGGAGAGCCGGCCCAGCAAGCCCCUGGGUAGCCCUUUUCCGGGAAGGGAGGCUGAGCAGACAGAGCCGCGUAGAGGUGGCGAGCAGGCUGAGAGGAGGGCUGCUGGGAGUGCUGUGAGCCAGCCUUCUCAUCAUUCAUUGAGAGCAGGACCUGAUCUCACAGAAUCUGAAAAGAGCUAUGUGGAAGCAGUUUGCAAUGAGAUCAUAAACAUUGCCGAAAAAUCUGUUCAUUACUGCAGCACUGUUUCUCAUCCCCUUGACUUUCAUCACAAGGUAUCCCCUUCUGACAAUAAAUCAUCUUUAAUCAUUUCUCAGCAACCUCAAGCCCAACAGCGAAGAGUCACCCCAGACAGGAGUCACACCUCACAAGAUUUAUUUAGCUACCAAGCAUUGUAUAGCUAUAUACCACAGAAUGAUGAUGAAUUGGAACUCCGAGAUGGAGAUAUUGUUGAUGUCAUGGAAAAAUGUGAUGAUGGAUGGUUUGUUGGUACUUCAAGAAGGACAAGGCAAUUUGGUACUUUUCCAGGCAACUAUGUAAAGCCUUUGUAUCUAUAAGAAGAUCGAAAA